AGAAAAGUUCCUUUUUCAGUUGAUCGGAGAACUUCUACGCGUUUCCAUGGAUCCGCCACCAUCUCUUCCUCCCCGACCAGGCGUGUCACAAAACAAUAUCAUACCGCCGUCUCAAACAGCUGCUUUUGUUUUACGUUCUGCUCUCACAAAUCCUUAUUCUCAAACAUAUUCUUCUCAUUAUGCUCAAGCUUAUAUGCACCAAUACAACGGGAUGCCUUUUACGAACGCCCAAGGAUAUACGAUGUCCUCUACAUACGAUCCGAAUGCAUAUGUGAAUAAUAACCAGAACCAGUACUUCACCCAAUCCACAGCUGGACCCAGCUUUUCGAGGCCACAGAACCAGAGCAACGAAGGGAUCAAAAUACAGAGUUUUAACCAGGCAAAUUCGGCUUGGUAUCAGGCUGGAUACGAGGGAUGUACAUAUAGAGGCUGCAAAUUUACUGGUUCUGCUAAAUGCGUCGAGAUUCAUAUGAUGGAUCGGCACUUGAUAUAUCCUCCAGGCUGGGAUUCACGCAAGAAAAAAGACUGGGACGCUGACCCCAGUCUCAAAGGAAAACCCAUUCUAAUUCAAGGAACGAACCUGACACUCGAUACGCCGGACGCAAUAGACGCAUGGGUGGAAGAGCGGAAAAAACGCUGGCCUAGCAGCACGCUGAUCGCUGAGAAAAAGCGAAAAUUCGAGCAGGCUUCUGCAAGAGGAGAACUUUCCGUAGAGUCUCUGGGAUUGUUUUCCACAAAGAAACGAAGGGUACAGGAUCCUUAUGAGGGUAAUGAGAGGAAUGAUCAUGCCCGUGGUGGAAGAGCAAGAGGCAGGGGUAAUGACUGGACUCCGAGGGGUUCAUCAGAUUCUGGGUGGAGAGGAAGGGGCGCCAGGGGUAGAGGUAGAGGAAGUUCGUUUGGUCCUCGAGGAGAUAACACGAUCAAUCGCGCGCUGGUGCUCGAGCGUGAAGUGUCACCUCAGGUGCAAAUACACGAACCCUUGAAGGAAGAGAAAGACAGAGAUGGUUCUGCCUCAGACAGCGAUAGCGAACCCGAAGUCCUAUCAUCUAAGCCUCCUCCAGUACCAGAAAAACAGGUGAAUGUACCCCAAAUUACGUCCUCCGUUCCGACUCAGUCUAAUCCCAAAACGGUGGCCAAAAAUCCUCGACCUCAGCCCAAAAAACCACCACCCAAUCCGUUCGCUCCUAGGACGAGCUUGUUACGAAACCUUUUACUUCCUGAAAUACGAAUGACUGUGUCCAAUUUGUCUCAAGCCAUCCGAUUUCUCGUGGAUAACGAUUUUCUUGACGGUGUAGAGCUUAAGCCAGGAGAAGCGGACGCAGUUCCCAUCCAAGUCGUUGGCUCAGUUUCGACUUCCGGUGAAUCAUAACCCAUCAGGCCCUUAUAAAUACGCUGCAGUUUGUCCGUUCAGUCGAUAUAGCA